AACAAUCAACUUUUAAUAAAUAGAAAUGGCAUCAACAACCGUAGACCUCCUCAUCGCUGGUGCCGGACCAACUGGUCUUGGUGCAGCUAAGCGUGCACAAGAACAAAAGGCUGACUUCCUCCUCGUCGAUAAGGCCGUCGAAGCUGGUGGUUUAGCCUCAACUGCUACCACAAAGGAAGGCUUCUUGUUCGACGUUGGUGGACACGUUAUCUUCUCACACUACGCAUACUUCGACGAUGUCAUCCAUGAGGCUCUCCCUAACGAAUCUGACUGGUUCACCCACGAGCGUGUCUCUUACGUCAAGUCUAGAGGCCAAUGGGUUCCUUACCCAUACCAAAACAACAUUUCCGUCAUUCCAAUUGAAGACCAAUCAAAGGCUAUUGACGGUUUGAUCGACGCUGCCGUUGUCCGUGCUCAAACUCCUCACAUCAAGCCAAAGACCUUCGACGAAUGGAUCGUCAGACAAAUGGGUGAAGGUAUCGCCGACAUUUUCAUGCGUCCAUACAACUACAAGGUCUGGGCCGUCCCAACAACUCACAUGCAAUGUAACUGGUUAGGUGAACGUGUUGCAGCACCAAACCCAAAGCUUGUUAUCCAAAACGUCCUCCACAAGAGAACCGCAGGUAACUGGGGUCCAAACGCUACCUUCAAGUUCCCAGCUCGUGACGGUACCGGUGGUAUCUGGAAGGCUGUUGCCAAGACCAUCUCACCAAACAAGCUCCGCUUCGGUGAACAAAAUGGUAUCACUUCAGUAGAUGCUAAGGCAAAGAUUGUCACCCUCACCUCAGGUGAAACUAUCAAAUACAACAAGUUCAUCUCAACCAUGCCAGUUGACUUCACCCUCGACAUCGCCAAGAACGUUGAAGGUAUCGAUGGUGCCAAGAAGGCCGCUAAGGAUGGUUUGGUUUACUCAUCAACCCACGUCGUUGGUGUUGGUUACAGAGGUGUUCCACCACCAGACAUCAAGGGAAUGUGCUGGUUGUACUACCCAGAAAACGACUGUCCAUUCUACAGAUGUACCGUCUUCUCGCUCUACUCACCACACAACGUUCCAGAGCAAUCACGCAAGACCAAGACAAUCCAACACUCCGACGCAUCAAUCCAAGUCACCGAUUCAUCAGAAAAGGAAGGUCCAUACUGGUCACUUAUGUUUGAAAUCUCCGAAUCACACCUUAAGCCAGUCAACCACGACACCAUCAUCCAAGACACCAUCAAGGGUGCAGUUGCAACCGGUAUGUCACGCCCAGAGGACGAAAUUGUCUCUAUCUACCACGAACGUUUCGACCACGGUUACCCAACUCCUUCACUUGGUCGUGACGAAGCUCUUAAGCAAAUCUUGCCAGUCCUCGACUCACACGACAUCCUUUCAAGAGGUAGAUUCGGUUCAUGGAAGUACGAAGUUGGUAACCAAGAUCACUCAUUCAUGUUAGGUGUUGAAGCAGCUGACUACGCUUUGUACGGUGUACCAGAAAUGACCCUCAACUACCCAGACAUCAUCAACGGAAAGCCAAACAAGGAACGUCGUCUCCAAAAGUAAGAACAUCAAUCAUCUGCAAUCAAUCCACAAUAAAAUGUAAUUUAUACUUUUAAUCUCAUUCGCUUUAACGGAAUUGUUAUAAAAAAAUUUCUAUUUACACAUAAUUUCAUUUU